UCCUCGCAGGGAAAGGAGGAAAUCCCCUGGCAGAGCAGAGUUGCUGCGUCGAGAUAGCAACUCAACUGGUGCUCGUCAUCUCGCUUCCCUCGCGCCCCCUCCCCUCUUUCGGGGCCGGAAGGACGGGAGGAAGGGGCAUGUUCUCCAAAGGAGAUGUGAAAGCAAUCUGAUCACAUGGGGAUUCCCUUUUCUCUGCUCCUCUACUCCAAGCUCGCCCAAUCUUGCUGCCUUCUGAAAUUGCUUGGCGCAGGGUUUUUCUGAGAACUAGUACUGCCAUGGCCAGCUUUGAAACUGAAGAUACAGAAGAGACUGUGACCUGUCUCCAUAUCAAAGUCUAUCAUCCAAGUCAAAUGGAAAAGAAUGUAUUCCAAGCCUUCCACUUUUGCCAGCCACAUCAUGUGAAAGUAGAUGACCUAGUGAAGUUUGGAAGAGAUGGUCAGGUCUGCCGCUUUAAUUUUGUAGAUGGACGGGCCUCACGUAUUCAGUUCGCUCUGCAGUGUUUCAGACACUUCAACAGCUCAAAGCUGGGUUUCGAGAUUAAGAAUUUGAGCAAGAAGACAAAGCUGUUUGUGGAUCUCGCUGAACUGGCUUACCUGAAUAAGGUUGAGUUGCAAGAGACAUGCAUGGUUUGUUUUGGAGAGUACCAAAUGCUAUUGGAAAAAGAAGAAGGACAGUCAGAUAAGUAUUUUGACAUCCGCUUUGAAUUAUCAAAAACACCCAUGUUGCAGCCAAAAAACUUGUCUUGGCGGGAACCUAUACCUGAAUGUGGCUUUUCAUGUGCUGAAUCUCCAGUUGAGAUAGAUGAGACGGAAGAAAUGGGAAAUGCCCUCCAUGAGAAAUGGACUUACUAGUUUCAAUGUUACAAAUUCAAUGUUGUUGGUUUUUUGCCCUAUGUACUAUUGCAGUUGAAUGGUAUCCUUCACAUAUGUCCAAUAUAUGCCUACACUAUGAAUAGGUUAGCAUUGUUCUUUGUAAGCUGCCACUUUACAGAUAUUUUGGCAUCAUUGCUUAAAAUACUGGUGAGGAGCCACCAGACUGUGAGCCUAAUUAGCUGGUCAAUGACACUUACAAAACACAAUGCCUUUGCCUGCAUGGUUUGACUUCAAACUGCAUGAGCAAAGGAAAACAGGUUACCUGCUGUCAUUGUGAUUGACACUGCAUCCUCUAUCAAAAUUGGCUCCUGGGGGUGGGGAAGGUAAGGAUCUGGUCCACCAUUGGGAUCCAGUUUCCCACCUCUGGCUUAAAACAGGUAAAUGAUAAUCUUAUCAUACAGCCAGAGGACUUGGCAGUAACAAUGCAGGCUUUCAAUACUUUUCAGCAGUGGCUGACCUGUAGCCUUCCAGAUAUUGCAGGACUCCCAACAAUUCCAGCUGUCAGUUCCAGCCAGCAUGCCCAAUGAUCAUGGGAUAAUGGGAGUUUAAGUCCAAAAGCUGCCACAGGCCACAAGUUAGCCACCUCUGCUCUAAAGACUACCUGAAGGCAAAAAUAAAAUUCUGACCUUGUAAUACCACUGUCAUCUUGGAUGGAUGGCUAACUAUCACCCAACAAUAUAAAACUGGAACCAAUUGCUUUCCUUAUUAAACGGUAAUGUUUUGUUUAAAUACGACACUGCAAGCCUGCCCAAAAGCAAAAGAAACUUGGAGAACAUAAUGAUGUAUGCAAUAUCUAAAGGCCUCUUUUAUAUUUCAUAGCCUGACCUGUACAUGCUUCCUGCUAUGUUUCUGAACAGCUGUUGAUUUGAAAUUGCUGCAAGUUGUGAAAGCACAUAAACGCAUGCAUGCUAGCAUUAAUACUGUAGUGCAACUAUUUUGAUUCCAUUUGGACACCAUGCUGUGUUCUCUUGUGCUAGUAGCUGUUAGAUUGUGAGUUUAGGAUUGGGGCAGAGGAGGUGACUUCAAAUUUGCAUUUAACCAAGAGGAACACUGGGGUAGACCUGGUCUAAUCAGGUUUGGUUCCCCUUAUUAAUGAGGUCCACUUGGUGCCUUUGCUGACCUUAACUAAAAAAUACAUCUUUUCCAGGCUUUUGAUGGACAGUGAUUGCUAUUAGCGUGCUGCUAGAGCUUUAUACUGCUGUUAUGAGUGGAGCAGGGGGUUGUUUUGUGUAUUGCUUAUGAUCUGAACGUAUUUCUGUGCGACUGUGCUUGUAAAAUAUUUUUUUAACUUAUGCUUAAAGUAUGUUACAAGUCUCUUGGAGGCCUUCUGUGUAACAAGCAACUAAGAAGUUUACUAAAUAAACACAAUAUAAUCACAA